AUGAACAAGAACUUUGGGAGAUCUUCAGAUAUUUUAAUGGGGGAAAUGGAGCACGGUUAUUCCCAUGACAACCACUUCGAUCCAGCCGCUGAUUUCAACAACCUCGGUCCACGCUACGUCCCUUUCUUCCCCCAAGCGGACAGCCAUCCGGGAACGCCAGCGACGGAGCACACACAGCUCACUCACGAUGGCAGUGAGGCUGGCAAGGAUGACAAGGACGGGAUGCUCACUGUCCCCGCGAUGGGCGCUGAUUGGCACGCAGACGAGCUCAAAGGUAUAUCGAAAUCCCACCGCCGCAAAGAAGCAAACUGGGAUCGUAAGCGUGCCGCGAAAGGCUGGUUCCGGGGCCAGCGCAAGUGCUGUGGCAUAAGCAGGAAGACGGCGGUAUUUAUGGCAUUUGGGGGAAUAAUAAGCCUUAUCCUUCUACUCUAUUUCCUCAUUCCGCGCACACCCACUUUCACUUUUAGAUCAACUGUUCUCAACCUGGAGGACGAGGAUAGCCCUAGCUUCCUAACGUAUCCCACGGCUAACUUCUCGUUUGACGGCAGCGUGGCAGUCUCGCUAGACACCACGACCAGCUGGAUACCCAUCACCGUUAAACACCUCGACGCGACCGUAUACGACGCUGUUACAAAUACUAAAGUGGGCGAGGGCGGGUUCAAGAAAAGCAAAUCCUAUAGUCGAGAUAACGAUAUACACGUCGAUGUACCCGUGCACUUCUCCUACGAGGCAUCCGAUGACAGCGAUCCGACGUGGAGUGAUUGGCACGACGCUUGCAAACAUCAGUGGAAGGGACAGCCACCGCCUACGACACUCUCUAUCAGACUCAAGUUGGAUAUGCAGAUACAGGGACUAACCAAGACAACGACAGUGUCUCAGUCUUCCGACAGUGACGUCGCAUGUCCAUUUGAAUUGUCAGCUGAUUCGCCAUAA